GAUACACACGCCGUACAUAGCUUAACGUUGAGGCUCAACGUAGGGAUCCAGUUAUUUUUUGUACCCCACCAAGCCCACCACGCCGUUGACGGCAUUUUAUUAACUUUGGCUCUUUGACCUGGGCCUUAACCCCUCCACCUCCGUUGUCUUUGACCACUGACUUCGGGCGCCAUUCCGCCGUAAGGUCUCACAUUCUUCUUUAUCCUAUUUCUCACGUGUCACAUAUAAAUUGUCGAACGCCCACGCCGUCUUGAUCCAUCGAAUUUGUCGCCGACACAGUAGGUCGCCUGUCGUCGCGACCACCUCACGCGGCCAUGAUGGACGAAUUUGCUUCCGAGUCGGAUAGUGACUAUACCAGUUACUGGCGAGAUUGGUUCAUUUCAUCUCGAGGAAACGAGUACUUCUGCGAGAUUGAUGAGGAUUAUCUUACCGACCGCUUCAACCUGACCGGCCUUAACACGGAAGUACAAUACUACCAGUAUGCCCUUGACCUAAUUACCGACGUAUUCGACCUUGACUGCGAUGAUGACAUGCGAGAGACUAUCGAGAAGUCUGCCCGUCAUCUCUAUGGCCUAAUCCACGCCCGUUACAUUGUUACCACCCGAGGUCUGGCUAAGAUGCUUGACAAGUACAAGAAAGCCGACUUCGGAAAAUGCCCCCGCGUAUUCUGUCACUCCCACCCCCUCCUACCCAUGGGCCAGACCGACAUCCCCCACCAGAAGCCCGUUAAGCUCUACUGCGUCCGCUGCGAAGAUGUUUACAACCCCAAGUCCUCGCGACACGCUGCUAUCGACGGAGCCUACUUUGGUACUUCAUUCCACAACAUCAUGUUCCAGGUCUAUCCUGCGCUAGUCCCCCAGAAGAGCGUCGACCGAUACACACCUCGCGUCUACGGUUUCAAGGUCCACGCCUCGGCUGCACUGAUUCGUUGGCAAAACGCCCAACGCGCAGACAUGCUCCGACGACUGCGAAAACAGGAGAUAGAGAGUGGCUUUAAGGAAGAUGUCGGUGAUGACGAUCUCGAGGAAGAGGAGGAAGAUGACGAGGACGUUGAUCUUGAGGCGCUGGAGGCGGAUGCUAUGCAUGUGGUUGGUUGAGCUUCGGAUCUGAUGCGUUGUCUUUUUCUGCGAGCUUAAUCCGGCGAUUGGUAUUCCGUUUGCGGUUACGGUCACUACGAAGCCUACCCAAGUUAUUCGGAAAUUUCGCGAUGUCUUCCCGGCAAUCCAAAAACAUCUUAUGGACGCCUUCUUCGACUGAAUUUGCAGAAUGGUGGGGUCCGAACGAGCUUAAUGGAUCAGGCUUUCGUGCGCCGUUCGGUGGAAAUAGGAAGGAAAAAUGAAAUGGACGUAGCCUAUCAGGAGGACUAGCAGGACGGAUGGUGUUGGCGGCAUCGCUUAAUGAAGACAACAACUUUCGCAUUUCGCAGGCGUUCUGAGAAGGAUGGGCAGGUAGUCAUUCCUCGGCGUUAAUAACAAAAGAUUCCCCCUCGUGAUGUUCUAAUCGUGCGUGUUCUAGAUGUGGUUACCUGCGGUUUCGUGAUUGCAAUUCGUAAUUUCUUAUGGAGAAUUUAUUGCCCAAC